UUGAUAAUAUUAGAUUAUGAUUAUUUUCAUUUACGCGUCGUUUCGUUAGCCCUACGUUUGAAACUACGAGGCAAUCGAUGCAUUUGAAGACCUACAUACCUCAUACUCUGCUGCUUUCAUGCUUUAUUUUCACUUGUCCUAGCUCCUAGCCAGAUUAUCUACAAAAUAACGCAGUUAAAUGUUCGAGAUGGGACAUUUCUCAUUUGCAAUCCCCCCGUAACCAACCCCCUUACGAAUGUGAUUACCACGUCUGUUUACUCCUUUUGGAGUCGUCUUUCCUAGGUCAUGCCAGCGCUUCCUUCGACUUUACUACUGAAUACCAUUGCCGGUCGAGACGUAACGCUCGAAUCUGUUAUUGCCCUAGUUUCUAAUGCUACUAAUGCUACCAACACAGACGAAGUUGUCCAGGUCAUCUGCGCCUGGCCGGUGUCAGGGCAGUAUGGACCGGGAUCGAGGGUUUUAUACUAUGUCCUUGUAGCAACUUGCGUCUUUGCUCGAAAAGCAGAGUGGCUUAGAAACGCUUGUCUAGCAGCUGCGUUGAUUUUCCCUGCCGUUGCAGCCCUUCAUGGAAUUGUUCUCGCCGCAGUACACGUAGAUACUGCUGUUGAUAUGGACAUCUAUGGGGCCUUUCAGUUUUGCUCGAUUGGAAUACUAGCGGCUCCAUUGUCAGUCAGGAUAUCUCGAACCUAUUUCGAAAACCCUGGCCGGAACAUCAUCUUUCUCUGGACUGGCAUCGUUCUCGCUGGUCUACUUAGUUUAACAGUCGAGUUCUUUCGGACCACAACAUCACCUUGCACGCACGACGAGUCAGGUCGCCCUAUUCCUCUCCAUGACUAUAGAGAUUUCCCCUACGAGAAUGCAUUUUGUAACCUCACCUGCUCCAUCGAGGCAGGGCCUUGGUCUCCCCUACGGCAAAAGGCUACGGAUGAAAUCUACGUCAUACCAGCACCGAAAAGACUUGCGUUUAACGCCGUUACGCUUCUCGCAGCAGCUUGCUGUAUCCCCGCUGUCCUCUCGCUCGUGUCAAUGUGGAAUAAAAUCCUUGAGAUUAACUGGAAGUCAAGGUUCGGUCCAGCAAAAGGGGACCAGCUAAUUGAAGGGACGAAUGGCGCCACCGUCGAGACGAUGAGUAAAGUCAAUCACGUCGUUAGGCUUUUCUUAAGCACCCUAGAGGUUCCUCUAUUCAGCGCUGCGGUAAUCGCCAUUAUCAUAUUUGGCGAAUUAAACUUCUUCAGUCCCGAAGUCUCAUAUCAGACUGAACCGAUGGGUAGCAUAGGACAGUGGGCGCCCCUUGUCGGUACUGGACUUGCUGCGUUAGGAUCUCUUUACAUGCUUCUCGCGGUAGAUAUAGAAGCUUCGAAGAAGGACGCGAACCUGACAGGUCCUAUCCAUCACUGCAAUUGCUCGCGCCAUCAUUUCAAUGACGGACAACCUCCUACUAGACCCAGGGCCAGCUCUUCUCUACAUAGCGGGGACAUUGAAGUCACACACUGCGAUGACAUUACCCAUCCGGAGCAUGACUCAAGAGACUCUCCAUCUAUACAAGAGAUUAACGGUGGUCUUUUCAUUAGUUCCUCUCACUCCGUCGCCUCCCCAAGUACAACCCAUGCUCGAUCUACCUCUUCAAAUAGCGGAAGAGAAACUUCAACCGAACUUGCGCCCACUGAAAGUCGGCCAUCUGUGAACGACAUAGGUAACCGGCGUAAAGUGUACAAUACGCUACUGGUUGUUAGUAAUUAUCUGGGCACGGCAUCGCAGGAUCGAUUCGACGAUUCCGAGUUUAAGCAUGGGAAAGCGAUAGACUUCCCUGAGAUCCCGGCGGAAGAUAAAAGAAAUCCAGACCUACCUCGGGUUAGAGAGGCGUACAACCAUUAUCGCAACGAAGACGAGAGCGCUAGCAUACGGCCAAGAGCAGGUAGCUUCGCCGGUAGUAUUGGCUCUAGAUACAGUAUUGAAGGUAGUCCGGCGAGGACACGAGCAAUAUCAGCCCCACACCCACCUUCGCCCGUAUCGCGUUCAUCAUCACCGUCGCCCUCAACACAUGGAGUUCAGCACUCGAAUACCUUACCAGUUGACCAAAGCUCAUUCGAUGUACAAUCUCAAGAAGCAUCAUCUUCUACCGGGCAGACUAGAGGUAGACCAAGACAACGACGGGACACACUCAAGGUCCCAGUAGUUCAUCCUAGUUCUCCGCGGGCCAUGCAAACCCCUUCGCCAGUUGCGUCUUUUACUACUAUAACUAAUAACCAGGGCUCUCCUUCAAUUGUUAUAUCGCAUGAUCCUGAUACCGGCUCUGCUGUAGACGAUAUUCCUGUUCUCAACCCCCCUACCAUUCGACCGAGCGAGCCAGACCCAGCACCGCAACCGAAAGCCUCGCCCCCACCGUGAAAGGGGCACUUUCUUGGAGGAACGAUUAGAAAAGUAUUUUAAGUAUACCGAGGAAAGAGUUAAACGCAUCAAAACUCCACGACUAUCUUGAUAGACCCCAUUGAGACAUC